AUCAUUCGCACCCUAUGUUUCAGUCCUGUGUAAGUAGCUUAUAUGAAAAUAUAAGACAUAGGAAUGGGAAUACUAACAAUGAGGAUAACUUCUACAGCCUUUGUGCUUCUUAUCCAAACAUUUUUCUGUUUGGCUUCAAAUGAUCCCCAAUUUCAACUAAUUAACAGGGCCACUGGCUUUUGUUUGGUAAAAUUAAAUAACUUCUGUUUUUCCAUGCGCUGGACAUCUGGGGAUCGACUUUUGGUUCAGUAUAAGAAGAAGUGCCUGGGUGUUCAGGGGAAAACUGUGGGCAGUGAAGUAAACUUCUAUGAUUGUGAUGAAACCAGUGAGCUCCAAAAGUGGGAAUGCAAGAAUGAAACUGUGAUCGCUCUCAAAGGCCAAGAACUUUACAUUAACCUCACUGCUGAUAACUCGGCCGUGCUCUCAAAUAAAGUCGGACCCAGUAGCCACCUUACAAUUUCUGGGACUUCCAGUGGUGCUUGCACAAGAACAUAUACAGAACUUUACACCAUUGAAGGAAAUGCAGCUGGAAGGCCGUGCAUGUUUCCUUUCUUCUACAAAAGCAAUUGGUACUCGGAGUGCACUGCAUUUGACUCUCCAGGGAACCGUAAAUGGUGUGCGGUUGAAACAAAAUAUGAUCAUGAACUCUGGGGUUAUUGCCCAACUAACUCCAAAGAAACCUGGAACAAAGACCCCACAACAGGAGCAUCUUAUCAGCUCAACACACAGUCAGCGCUGACCUGGGAUCAGGCUGACGCCAGCUGCAAACAGCAGGGUGCCUCCCUGCUCAGUAUCAGCAAUCCUCACGAGCAAGCUUAUGUUUCAGCACUAUUAGGGGCAAAUAGGGGACAGGAGUACAAGCUCUGGGUUGGUUUGAUCUUCCAGGAUUUAGAUUAUGUGUGGAAGUGGUCUAAUGGGAAUCCUUAUGCAUAUCUGAAUUGGGACUCAGGACAUCCAGUUUCUAAUCCAGGAUAUAAGUGUGGAAUUAUUGAUGGCGCUGUUCAGUACUCUUGGCAAAGUUCAAAAUGCAACAAGAAACUGGGAUACAUCUGCUACAGUGAAGGACCUUUGGCUGCACCUACUGAAGCUGCUGAGACCGGAUUCUGUACAGCACCCUGGAUCCCCUACAAUGGCGACUGCUUUUACCUUUAUCGUAAUGAAACUAAAAAAUGGUCUGAUGCUCAGAAAGCUUGCCGUAAAGAAGGAGGAGACCUAGUAAGCAUUCGUAAUGUGGAGGACCAAAGCUUCAUCAUCUCUCAACUUGGAUAUGCAUCCACUGAUGAACUCUGGAUUGGACUAAAUGACAGGAAGAGAGAGAGGCUGUUUGUCUGGAGUGAUCAUUCUCCUGUGAGUUACACUAGCUGGGACUCUAGGGAACCAACUGUCACCUCUGAACAAGAAGACUGUGUUCUCAUCAGAGGGAAGAAUGGAAACUGGGCUGACCGUGUGUGUGAAGAGAAACAUGGUUUUAUCUGCAUGAAGACAAGUGACUCUGAACCCUCUGGAGAUGAAGUGGAGCUGAAUGCAGGCUGCAAAACUGGUUGGAAAAGACAUGGAUCCUACUGCUACUUUGUAGGGACUGAGACAAAGACGUUUCAUGAAGCCAAUGAUGACUGCAAGAGCUCAAAAUCUUACUUAGCUGAUAUUGCAACUGGGGUGGAUAAUGCUUUCCUUAUAAACUUGGUGGGACUGAGGCCAGAGAAACACUUCUGGAUAGGUCUUUCAAACCUGAAAAACAGAGAAUAUUUUAUGUGGACCAACAAUGCCUAUGCAAGAUAUACUCACUGGAACACUAAUAUGCCAGGUCAUGUGCAGGGUUGUGUUGCUAUGGCAACUGGGCAUUUUGCUGGCCUUUGGGAUGUGUUACCUUGUACCAAUAAGGAAAAAUACAUCUGCAAACACCUGGCAGAGGGGGAAGCUUUAACCCCUGCUCCACCAACCACUGCCACACCUAACUGCACAGAUGGAUGGAUUAAGAUGCCAUCAAGACACGUCUGUUAUAAGAUCUUUCCAGAGGAUUCAGAAGAGAGAAAGACCUGGUACGAGGCUAGAGAUUACUGCAGAGCCAUUGGAGGAGACCUAGUCAGCAUUCACAGCAGUGCUGAUUUACUACACACACAAAGUUACAGCUACUAUCAUUGGAUUAAUCAAUACUGGAUUGGACUUAGUGCUCCUGACCCAGACACAGGUUAUGUAUGGAGUGAUGGAUCCCCGGUAAACUUCCAAAAGUGGGAAGAUGGAGAACCAAACAAUAAGAAUGACGCUGAAUUUUGUGUUGAAAUGGGACGCGAGCAUUGGGGUGGAACUUUGUUUUGGAGUGAUGUGCACUGUGAGAAGUACAAUGGCUGGAUUUGUCAGAUCCAUGCAGGAGACACCCCAAAGCCGGCUCCAGACCCUGUCACCCCUGCGUAUAACACGACCUCUGAUGGGUGGCUAGAAUGGAAUGGGGCUCAGUAUUACAUUAACAAAAACGAGAUGGCCAUGGAGGACGCUCGUACCUUCUGCAGACAGAGGCAUGGUGACCUGGUAUUUAUCAACAGUGAAGCAGAAAGGAUAUUUUUAUGGAAACAGAUUUCAACAGGUUACUGGAAUUCUUGGAUUGGCCUAUCUGUAGAUCUUGAUGGAACAUUUCAGUGGAUGGAUGGUUCUCAAGUGUUGUUUCAAAGGUGGGAUGAAAAUCAACCUAAAUUCAAGAACUUUGAUGAAAACUGUGCUGUCAUGACACAUCAUAACGGAUUCUGGCAUGACUCCAACUGUGGGCUAGAGUAUAUCUCCUUCUGUAAGCGCAGCAGCUCACCACCCACAAACACCACUGCUGCAGUGCCUACAGUGUCCCCAAAAGGUGGAUGUCCACCCCCCUGGAAAAAAUUUAACUCUAAGUGUUACAGCGUCAUUUACAAUCAGAAUUUAACAUGGCACGAUGCAAGGGAAAAAUGCAGACAAAAAGGCGGACAAUUGGCAUCUAUUACUUCAAGACAAGUGGAAGUGUUUCUACUGUCUCAAAUGGUUGGUGCACCUACUACAGACUUGUGGAUUGGUUUAUUUCAGUCAGAGUGGAAAACUUACUGGAGUGAUGGACAACCAAAGUCAUAUACCAAUUUGGGUGAUAAUUACAUGUAUUGGUACGAUCAACCGAAAAACUGUUUUGUGAUCAAUACCAAGCCUGUGGCUGGUAUUGGGAAAUGGAUUCUAAAGUCAUGCAAUGACACCAAUGGAUUUAUCUGUCAUCGAAAUCUUGACACAUCUCGACCAGAUCCUCCAGAACCAACAAUUUCUACUAACUACAUCAAAAUACUUAAUGACUCCAUUAAGGUUGUUCCUCAACAAAUGAAUUGGGAUAAGGCUGCAGAAUACUGUAAAAAUGACGAUGCCCUCCUAGCUAGCCUGAGGAAUGAGUGGACACAAGCUUAUGUUGAGCUGCUGGCGCUGAAUCUCAAGGCUCCUCUAUGGUUUGGAUUAUACAAAGUACAGAUCAAUGGUUCUUUCAGAUAUGUUGAUGGAUGGCAUUUAAUAUUCAGUCGAUGGGGUACAAAUGAACCAAGAAAGGACAGAAGUUGUGUAUACAUGGAUGUGGAUGGAAAAUGGAAAACUGCUCACUGUAAUGAGACACUAAUGAGUGUUUGCAUGAAGUCUACAGAUGUGCUGCCAACAGAGUCGACUAUUUUUCCAGGAGUUUGCCCUCAAGACCCAGAGGCAACAAUAGAAAGCAACAACUAUAUCUGGGUACCAUUCAGGGGUUAUUGUUAUAUUUUUAUUACAGAGCAAAAACACUGGCAAGAAGCAUCUACCAGCUGUGUAGCACAUGGUGGAAUGCUUCCCAGCAUUGAAGAUUCCUCUGAGCAAAAAUUUCUAGAAAUUAACCUGAGAACUUUUCAAGAUAGUUACACAUCUUUCUGGAUUGGCCUGUUUAAAAAACAAUACAAAGAGGAAUGGCUCUGGUUGGAUAGAACCGUCAUGGGUUACACUAACUGGGCUGAAGGUCAACCUGAUAAUAUGAGCUUUGGAUCGCGCACAGGAGAGAUUAGUACAUCAGAUGGGACAUGGAAGGAUAUGGAAAUGUGGGUUCGAAGACCUUACAUCUGCAAGACACAAAAAGUAUUACUACCAACGCCAUCACCACCAGCCCAAACUGGAUUACCUCAUCAACAGCGUGUCUAUGUAACCAUGGCAGUUGUGCUAGUCAUUACUGGAAUUGCAGUGGUGGCAGUCACUGCUGUCUUCAUCUUUAAGAAAUUUCGUCAUCAGUUACCCGCCCCUAACACCUUUGAUAACCCGCUCUUCUUCAACAGUAGGGUGCCCCAGCCUGAGCAAGCUGACACCAGUAUAUUAGUAGAGAAUGCAGUAGAAGAGAACCCUGGGAAUUUAAUCAGUAUGUAAUUGAAAUAUUUUGGGCUCAUUUGCAUGGCCCAUAUGAUUUCCUAGUAUGUUGUGAAAAUUUGAGCUGAGGUGGCAGCAAGUAGCUAAUAUGGCUUAUUGGAAAAUAAAAGGUGAGAAUCAUCUCAUAUUAUCAUAUUCUGUGAAUGUAGGUUACAUAAAUGCUGGCUUUUGUCACUUCAGUUAUGGUUAGGAUAAAAGGUAGGGUAAGUUCAGUUUAAUGCAUGUUCUAGUCAACAAUCAUAUAUGCAUGCAGCAACCUGAAAUAUCAAGACAAAUCAGGAAGGAUCCAUGGUUUCAUGUUGCUGAGAUCAGAUUCUAACCAUACCAUCCAAAUUUCACAGCAAGAGCUCAGACUCACCAGACCAGGCAACAUUUUUCUUCUAUCUGCUUCAAGGCUUUACAUGUUAUGCAUUCAGAAAUUAUUUGAGUUACUCUUGCCUUCCUGUCAGCUUGUAGUAGUAUCAUCAUUCUCCACUGACCUCUUACAUCAAUGAGGCAUCGUCACCCACAGAACUGCAGCUCACUGGAUAUUUUCUCUUUUUCAGACCAUUCUCUUUAAAUCCUAGAGAUGGUUUUGUGGAAAAUUCCAGUAGAUCACCAGUUCUUAAAUAUUCAGACUAUAUACACUACUGGUCAAAAAUCUUAGAACACCCCAAUUUUCAAGUUAUUUAUUGCAAUUAAAUUCGUUCAAGUCCAAUAUAUAGCUUGAAAUGGUACAAAGGCAAGUAAUGAACUGCCAGAGGUUAGAAAAAAAGGUAAGGUUAACCAAAACUGAAAAAUAAUGAACAUUUCAGAAUUAUACAGCCUUGAAAGCUAGUGCUACUAAUUCCUACAGGUGUUCCAACUUUUCUGGAUUACUUACAACCCUUUCUGUCUCCAUGAAAGCAGUGUUGGAACACAACUGAUGCUACCAACUGAGCAACAGUUGAACAGUAUUGUACUGCAGAAAGUAGUGUGUUGCUACAAAAAUGGCAAGAAAAAGGCAAUUAACAAUGGAAGAGAGACAGACCAUCAUAACACAUAAAAAUGUAAAUUUUCCUACAGAAAAAUUGCAAAAAAUGUCAAAAGUGUCAGUGAGUACAGUUUCCUUCACCAUCAAAAGACACUCAGAAACUCUGACAGGAAGACGUCUGGCAGACCCAAAGCCAUAACUGAAUCAGAGGACAAGCUUCUGAGAGUUAACAGCUCGCGUGAUAGGUGGCUCACAGGACAACAACUUCGAGCACAGCUUAAUAGUGGUUAUAGUAAGCAAGUCUCAGUUUCAACUGUGAAGAGCUGCAGGUUUGACAGGACGAGUUGCAGCAAGAAAGCCAUUGCUAAGACGUCAGAAUAAGAGAAAGAGUCUUUCCUGGGCCAUGAAACACCUCUGUGUUUCUGGGUCUAGCUGGAAACUGAGUUAAUGGCUUAUUCCAAGAGUAACUCAGAUCUAUUAACGACUUUAAAUUUUCAAAGCUUUAAACACUUUAAAGUGUGAGUUACAUUUAUACUCUGUCAACUAUGUCAACAAAAAGCAAAAGACCAAAAAAAUGCCAGCCAUGUGCCUCUCAUGCCUAGGACAAGACAGUAAGAUCUCAAAAGCUGCAUUUAUUGACUGCAUGGAGGCAUCACUACAUGCUAACUUAUUGCAAUAAUUACCAAUUAGUAUUAUCUAGCACACAAAUAUAAAAGAUUUACUUACCCUAACUGGAGCACAGAAAUCUUGGAUGUGCUGUUUGUACAAUUAAACAAUUUUUUUUGAUAAGUGCAUUAAAAAUUCUCCAAAACACCAAAAACAAUUAAGUGAUUUGAAUUACCCUAUUCAACAGGUAGUGGCUAUCCAUCCAACCAUUCCCACUUGCUUAUCCAGUUUAGGGUUGGGGGUGGUCUAGAGGCAAGGUACAACCUGGGCAGAUUAACAGUCUGUCCCACAGUAGUGGCUAUAGCUGUCAAAAAUGGUAUUGAGCAUUUUUCUGAGUUUCUGCAUCAACUUGGAAAUUCUAACAUUGUAACAUUUGGGAUUUUGUAUGCUUUUGCAGCUUUGUUGUUUGCUGUGGACCUGCUCAACCUGCUGAAUUAAAGUUUUGUUCUGUUUAA